AUGGUCACGGGCUACGCCCAAUCGCAGUGCGCCAGCUACGCAAAGAAAAUCUUUGACCGGAUGCCCGCGUGGAACGAGGUUGCGUGGAAUUGCCUCAUUUGCGCCAGCGAACCGGCGGAUGCCAAGUGGCUGUUUGACCGGAUGCCCAAGUUGACCGUGCUUGCGUGGACUGGCGUGGUCAAGGCAUAUGCCGGCGCUGGGAAUGUCUAUGGCGCCAAGAGAGUGUAUGAACAAAUGCCCCAGCACGACACUGUCUUGGCCACCGCGAUGAUCGUCACAUUCUCGGAGUGUGGAUUGAUCGACGAGGCGAGGAGGGCAUUCGAUGCGAUGGGCGAGAAGGAUUCCGUGGCGUGCUGCGUGAUGGUUUUGCUCCUCGCCCAGAAUGGCCGUGUGCUAGAGGCGAAAUCGACGUUUGAUUCUAUGGAGAAUCGCAGUGUCGGCGCGUGGAACACGAUGGCUAGAUCUUUUCUCUGUGACUUUGAUGUCGAUCGAGCGAGGACGGUGUUUGAGAGGAUGCCUCACAGGGAUCUGGUGUCGUGGAACUCCAUCGUUUCAGCGUAUGCUCGGAAUGGGUAUAUGGAGGAAUCGAAGUUUCUGUUUGAUCAGAUGCCGGAGAGGGACGUGAUCUCGUGGACGGCGCUGGUGAUCGCUGGGGAGCAGUGCUGCAGCAUCGAUCUAGCGCUGGCGGUGUUUGAGAAGAUCCCUCACAGGAACACGGUCUCGUGGAACUCGGUCAUUGCAGCGUAUGCGCAGAGCGGCUCGUUGGGCGAUGCGAAGGCGAAGUUUGACGAGCUUCCAGAGAGGGAUAUGUGUUCUUGGACGAGUCUGGUCCCUGGAUUCGCUCGCGCUGGCCUGUUUGAUGAAUCCAUGGUGUUGCUGGAGAGGAUGCCGCAGCUCAACGUUGUGUCUUUCAACGCAGCGAUCAUGGCAUACGCUCUAAACGGUUUCUGGGAAAAGUCUCGCAAGACUUUCGAGCAGAUGCCACAGCGGGACGUCGUCUCGUGGAACAGCAUGAUCGGAGUUUACUGCCAGUUUGGAUUCCUCGACGAGGCCAGGGCGCUGUUUGAUCAGAUCCCGCAGAGACAAGUCGUGUCGUGGAGCUCGGUAGUCUCGGGCCUCGGACAAAACGGGUCUCUUGAUGAAGCGAGGGAUGUUUUUGAGAGCAUGCCUGGACGAGACGUCGCGGCUUGGAACGCUAUGGCCACGGUCUACGAGCAAAAUGGUUUCCUCCGAGAGGCCAGGACUACUUUCGACGAGAUGCCUUGCCAGGACACAGUGUCGUGGAACGCGAUGAUCCGAGCUUACUCGCGAUCGGGGCGAGCGAUCCAGCUCUUGAGGGCGAUGAACUUGGCUGGUUUCAAGCCGGACAAGACGACCCUCGCAAGCGUGUUGACGUCGUGCAGCCAUGGAGGCAUGGUUUGCGAAGCUCUGGCUCUCUUCUCUGGCAUGGCCUGUGACUUUGGCGUGGCUCCCGCGAGAGAGCACUUUUGCUGCGUGAUAGAUAUCUUUGCGAGGUCGGGGCAGCUGAGCUUGGCGCACGGGAUUGCGGCGGCCAUGCCUUUCGAAGCUCACGACGUUGUGUGGGGGAUUUUGCUCGCGGCUUGCGCUGCGAGCAAGGAUGAGAUUGCUGGUGUCCGAGCAGCUGAGAAGGCGCUGGAGAUGGAUCCCGGAGGAACCUUCUCAUACGUUUUGCUGGCAAACUUGUAUGGUUCCAGUGGCCCGGAUGAUCGAUUCGAGUAG